AUGGCUCGACACGCGUGUCUGUGUCUUGGUGUGUUGUUGCUCAGCUGUCUCGUGACCGGCGAAUCGCGGGUUAAGCGGCAGGAGGAGGACGGAGGAGAUGAGGUCAACGCAGAACAGUUGUGCGAUGGUCGCCCGGCUGACGAGUAUUUCCGUCUCACCACCGAAGGAGACUGCCGCGAUGUAGUCAGGUGCGACAAAGGCGGUGAGAACGGCGUGACUCGGCUCGCCUCAGUGCGCUGCCCUGGCGGUCUCGCCUUCGAUAUCGACCGUCAAACUUGUGAUUGGAAAACACAUGUUAAGAAUUGCGACAAAAUAGAAAAACCGAGGAAAGUGUUGCCUAUUCUCAAAACGGAUGAGCCAAUCUGUCCUGAAGGAAAAUUAGCUUGUGGAAGUGGUGACUGUAUUGAAAAGGAACUGUUCUGUAAUAACAAAUUUGACUGCAAGGAUGAGUCUGACGAAAAUGCUUGUACUGUCGACCUAGAUCCCAACCGAGCUCCGGACUGUGACCCCAACCAGUGCGCACUGCCAGACUGUUUCUGCUCCGCAGACGGAACUCGUAUUCCUGGAGGUAUUGAGGUCAACCAAGUGCCUCAAAUGAUAACAAUAACCUUCAACGGUGCCGUAAAUGUUGACAACAUUGACUUGUAUGAACAAAUUUUCAACGGAAACCGUCAUAAUCCCAAUGGAUGCCAGAUUCGUGGUACAUUCUUCGUAUCUCACAAAUAUACCAACUAUGCUGCUGUGCAAGAAUUGCACCGUAAAGGUCACGAAAUUUCCGUGUUUUCCAUAACUCACAAGGAUGACCCUCAAUACUGGAGCAGCGGAAGCUACGAUGACUGGUUAGCAGAAAUGGCUGGCGCUCGUUUAAUCAUUGAACGAUUUGCUAAUAUUACUGACUCGUCAAUCAUUGGCGUCCGCGCACCUUACCUACGUGUUGGAGGAAACAAGCAAUUCGAAAUGAUGGCUGAUCAAUACUUCGUUUACGAUGCCUCAAUUACUGCUCCUCUUGGACGUGUUCCUAUCUGGCCUUACACGCUAUACUUCCGCAUGCCCCAUAAAUGCAACGGUAACGCGCACAACUGCCCAUCCAGAAGUCACCCAGUUUGGGAAAUGGUAAUGAAUGAAUUGGACAGACGAGAUGACCCAACUUUCGAUGAAUCGCUUCCUGGUUGCCAUGUGGUUGACUCUUGCUCCAACAUUCAAACCGGAGAACAAUUCGCACGUCUUCUGCGCCACAACUUCAACCGCCACUACAGUACUAACCGUGCCCCUCUUGGUUUCCACUUCCAUGCUUCAUGGCUGAAAUCGAAAAAGGAGUUCAGGGACGAGCUUAUUAAAUUCAUCGAAGAGAUGUUGGAGAAGAACGAUGUCUACUUCACCUCUCUAAUUCAAGUUAUCCAGUGGAUGCAAAACCCAACAGAAUUGACGUCACUCAGAGAUUUCCAAGAGUGGAAGCAAGACAAAUGUGAUGUGAAAGGUCAACCUUUCUGCUCCUUACCAAAUGCAUGCCCCCUUACAACUCGAGAGUUACCAGGGGAGACACUCCGUCUUUUCACUUGCAUGGAAUGUCCUAACAACUACCCGUGGAUCCUAGAUCCUACGGGAGAAGGCUUCAAUGUUAAGAAGUGA